AUGCCGUCCAAGAUUCAACUUGAUGAGAAUCUGGUGUUUUUGUAUAUCUGUCUACAGAAAUCAGAUAUGAAAACUAUUGAUUUCGCCGCCGUAGGCCAAACGACUAAUCUCAAAUCUCCCGCUGCACGUAUGCGCUACACGAGACUGAAACGCCAGAUUGAAAAGGGGGUUAUAGGGGCGAAUGCGAAUAUUAAUCUUCGGAGUGGGGGGGAUGAGAGGGAGAGGAAUGGGGAGGAGAAAGAAAGGAGGAAGGAGAAAAGAGAGAAGAAGAUGAGAGAGAAGAAACAGAAAGAGGAGAAGAGGGAGAGAGAGGGUGUGGAAAAGAAGGAGAAAGUGGAAGCUAAAGAGUGGAAUAGGGUGGACGGUGGUUUGGGAAUGGAAAUGGGGAUGGAACUGAAAAUGAAAAUGUAUGAUGGAGUGGAGAAAGAAGAAGGAAAGAGAAAGAGGGAAGUUGGAGAUACCACGGAAUCGGACGCAGACGCGAUCUCAGAACCGGAUUUCCAGCUCCAAGGAUGGAAAACCUCCAUACUCAACAACACAACCUCUCCAUUCCCCGCAGAUCUUCCCCCAUCCAUCCAGUUUUCCACGCACCCGCAGACCGAACAUCUCCCUCACCCAUACCUCCACAACUAUCCCGCAACAUCCGCUCCCCAACCGAACAUCUCGCAAAGCGAUUUUUUAGCAUCACAAUCCAUGUCCCAGACUCACCCAGACCAACUCCCCUCCCAAACAUCCUCCCCUCCCCUCCUCGAUCCCCAAAUAAAACUCGAACCCUACUCCCCCUUCUCCUCCUUCUCCUCUUAUUCCACCGAACGCAGCAUACCCAAUUUUCACGAGCGCACCGAAGACGAAGACGCAGAUUCCGAAGACGAGAUGCCGCUCGCUAAACGUCGAGGUUUGGGGAAACGACACGCUUCUCGUUCUCAUUCUCAAUCUCAAUCUCAAUCUCCACAUGGAAAUGGAAAUGAAAAUCCAAACCCAGAUAGAGAAGAAAUUUCACAUACAAAUACCUCGAAAAUCGCAGAGGGAUAUGGAGAUGCACAUUCUCAUUCACAUUCUCAUUCGUGUUCUGAGAUGAGUGAUCUGCGGGAGAGUGGAUGUGCAGAUGAAUACACAUAUACACAUCCUCCUCUUCGCAGCUCCAUACACGCACCUAUUACUUCUUCUCAAUACGCAUACGCAUAUCCAAAUCCCUACACCACACCCUACAAAUCGAUCUACACCCCUCCAGCCUCCUCCUACGAAACCCUCGAGUCCUUGAAUUCUACACUUUUAGCCCCCCUCCCCUCUCCCCCCUUAAUAUCCUCAUCAAAAUCCACCUCUACCCCCUCCAACCCACCACCCCAUCCCCAUCCCUACAACUGGGCCGACACAUACCAAUCCUACCGACAUCUCUGGGGCACCGAACGUAUCGCACGAGUCUCUCCUCCGCCUCCGCCUCCACCUCCAUCUAUAUCGACUUCUUCAUGUCCAUCUUCAUCUUCUUCUUCGCCUUUACCCCUAUACCAUAACCAUGACCAUAACCAUAAUUACAACCACAACCCCACUCACACUCACACCCACACUCCCACUCCCAGUCACAACCAUACCCACAACCACAACAAAAUCACCAAUGCUAAUACGAUUCCCGACUCUGAUUUUCCAGCACCUCUCCCUACUCAAUCGCCUCGUUCCAAUACUCACCCUUUAUCGUUUUCGCAGUGGUGA